CCGGGCCGUGACGCCCGCGGCGGCGGAGGGGGGGGCUCGGCUUGCCAGAGUUUCCAGAAAAUAAAAGUGAAAAUCAGGAGUAGCUGCUAGCGCAAAGAGAUACAUACAAAGGAACAUUUCUUGAGGAAGAUUUUAAGAUGUGGUGAAGAGCCUGUAUUUUACUCUGUGCGGUAUAUAGUGCCUUAAAAAAUGGGGUUUGGAGGUGACCUGAAGUAUUCUCAUGAUGCUUUAUUAAAACUGCAAGACUGGGAACUACGACUGCUGGAAACAGUGAAGAAAUUUAUGGUAAUGCGAGUAAAAAGUGAUAAGGAGUAUGCCUCCACUUUACAGAAUCUUUGCAAUCAAGUAGAUAAAGAGAGCACUUGUCAGCUGGAUUAUAUCAGCAACGUAUCUAAGUCUUGGUUGCUUGUGGUACAGCAAACAGAACAGCUGAGCAAAAUAAUGAAGACGCAUGCAGAGGAUCUUAAUUCUGGGCCUUUGCAUAGGCUUACAAUGAUGAUCAAAGAUAAGCAGCAAGUUAAGAAGAGUUAUGUAGGUGUUCAUCAGCAAAUUGAAGCAGAGAUGUAUAAGGUCACGAAGACAGAACUAGAAAAACUAAAAUCUAGCUAUAGGCAGCUGAUAAAAGAAGUAAAUUCUGCCAAAGAAAAGUAUAAAGAAGCUGUGGCUAAAGGAAAGGAGACUGAGAAAGCCAAAGAUCGGUGUGAUAAAGCCACUAUGAAGCUUCAUAUGCUGCAUAAUCAGUAUGUGUUGGCACUGAAAGGAGCACAGUUACAUCAGCACCAAUAUUAUGAUACUACCCUUCCUCUGUUACUUGAUUCACUACAGAAAAUGCAAGAAGAAAUGAUUAAAGCCCUAAAAGGGAUCUUGGAUGAGUAUAGCCAGAUCACCAGUCUUGUAACAGAAGAGAUUGUGAAUGUCCAUAAAGAAAUCCAGACCUCGGUUGAACAGAUAGACCCUAACUCUGAGUACAAUGACUUCAUAGAUACUCACAGGUCAUCAGAAGUUGUUGAACAGGAAAUAGAGUUUGAUACGUCUUUACUAGAAGAAAAUGAAAACCUUCAAGCUAAUGAGAUCAUGUGGAAUAAUCUAACAGCAGAAAGUUUACAAGUCACCUUAAAAACGGUAGUGGAAGAACUGAUGCAAACACAGCAAACCCUUUUGAGCAAAGAGGAACUUGUGCUGGAACUGGAGAAAAAAAUAGAAGAGUCCUCUAAGACUUGUGAAAAGAAGUCUGAUAUUGUACUCUUGCUGAGCCAAAAGCAAGCACUGGAAGAACUUAAGCAAACAGUUCAGCAACUAAGGUGCUCUGAAGCAAAAUUUGCAGCCCAGAAAGAACUACUGGAACAAAAGGUUCAAGAGAAUGAUGGGAAGGAGCCACCACCUGUAGUAAAUUAUGAAGAAGAUGCCAGAUCUGUGACUUCUAUGGACAAGAAGGAUAAAGUCUCAAGGUUUGACACAAUACGUCAUUCCAUAGCGGGAAUUAUAAGGUCUCCAAAAUCCAUGUUGGGCUCAUCAUCGUUCUUUGAUGUAAUAUCAACUACUGAGAAACCAUUGGCUGAGCAAGACUGGUAUCAUGGUGCAAUUCCACGAAUAGAAGCCCAGGAGCUGUUAAAACAGCAGGGAGACUUCUUGGUGCGAGAAAGCCACGGGAAACCUGGUGAAUAUGUCCUUUCUGUGUUUUCAGAUGGACAACGGAGACACUUUAUCAUACAAUAUGCUGAUAACCACUAUCGUUUUGAAGGAACUGGGUUCCCAACUAUCCCUCAGCUCAUAGAACAUCAUUAUACAACAAAGCAAGUUAUUACAAAGAAAUCAGGUGUUGUUCUACUGAAUCCUGUUGUUAAGGAUAAAAAAUGGGUUCUGAACCAUGAAGAUGUCACACUGGGAGAAUUACUGGGCAAAGGCAAUUUUGGUGAGGUAUAUAAGGGAACAUUAAAGGAUAAAACUCCUGUUGCUGUAAAAACUUGUAAAGAAGAUCUUCCUCAGGAAUUGAAAAUAAAAUUUCUGUCAGAAGCCAGAAUACUCAAACAGUAUGAUCAUCCUAAUAUUGUAAAACUUAUAGGAGUUUGUACACAACGACAACCUAUAUAUAUUGUUAUGGAACUUGUUCCAGGAGGUGAUUUCCUGUCCUACUUAAGAAAAAAGAAGGAUGAGCUAAAAACCAAACAGUUGGUGAAAUUUUCAUUGGAUGCUGCUUCUGGUAUGGCAUAUCUUGAAUCUAAAAAUUGUAUACAUAGAGACCUGGCUGCAAGGAACUGCCUGGUAGGUGAAAGCAAUAUUUUGAAAAUAAGUGAUUUUGGAAUGUCCCGGCAAGAGGAUGAUGGCGUGUAUUCAUCAUCAGGCCUAAAGCAGAUUCCUAUCAAGUGGACUGCUCCAGAAGCCCUCAACUAUGGGAGAUACACAUCUGAGAGUGAUGUAUGGAGCUUUGGAAUCCUUUUGUGGGAGACCUUCAGUUUAGGAGUAUGCCCAUACCCUGGAAUGACCAACCAACAAGCACGAGAACAAGUCGAGAAAGGCUACCGAAUGUCAGCACCACAAAAAUGUCCAGAAGAAAUAUAUAAAAUAAUGCAGAGGUGUUGGGAUUACAAACCAGAAAACCGGCCGAAAUUCAGUGAGAUUCAGAAAGAGCUGUCUUCAAUCAAAAAGAAAGUGACAUAGUGAUGAACAAGUGCCAAAAUCAUUGUGUAUGGGACUUCAUUUUCCAAUGAAGUAGUUUUGUCCCUUCAAACACUAUGCAUUUAUACAACAUUAUUUGCAGUAUUCUUCUAGGAUUACUUUGAAAUUAACAGGUUUUUUUAAUAUACUUGUGUACUGUCUUGAAUGAUGUCUACACCUGCAUUAAAGACAUAUACUGCAAAAUGCUAUAUAUCCAGUCACAGUUAUGUUGUCAUUUAGGUUACAUGUAAAUAGAAAAGCACAUACUAUAGAUGUAAGGGACUGUGGCUUUUAUCUGUUUUACAGCAAGUAACUGCUAGUGACAUUUUUCAGAGGUUUUCUACUUUAAACUGUGUUCUCAGUCUGCUACACCUAUCCCUUAUGUCAACACCAGCACCGCUCUGAUUUGGUCACUGUCAUACGUGUUGGCCUUAAAACUGAAGACAGUUUUGACAAGUAUUUCAACUAGAAACUCAUAUUUUUAAAUCAUUUCUGCAAAUUAUAUUUUAAGUGCUACUUUGUUUCAAGGAUGAAGGUCAGUGAGAUUCUGGAUUCUAUACAUGUUCAGAAAUACUGCAAACCAUCUACCUUCCAAAGAAUAUGUAAAAGCAAGUAGACCAAUAGAAAGAGGUUUACUAAUCAUAGCAGCAGAUAACAAAUAUUAUCGAGCUUAGUGGAGUUAAUUGCUAGAUUUCUGUUCCAUCUUGAUUUUUUCCCCUUAGAUUGGUAAAAAUUCUCAGAAUGCAGCUGGAGCCUACCAAAGUUUAUGCGAAGCAGAAGUACACUGCAUGUGUAAUAUCCAAAGGAAAAUACUACUUCUGUAUGGCAUAAGGAAAUUGUUCAAGAAAGCAAAAUAAAAUAUGUUUAAGGCAUCUGACAGGCUGGGCAAGGCAGAGUAGAAAUUCUAACCUUCUAGGUGUUUUAAAUCAUGGCAAUCAGAUUUAAAAAGACGGGGGAGAGACAGAUUUUAAAUGCCACCAGGAAUAAAAACCUUAUACAUAGAUUAAAGGAAAAAAAAAAACCACAAAAUCUUCUGCCAGAAGAAUUAAAACUUACCAGAUAGGGGAAGUAGCUGUAUGUUAUUCUGGCUCUGGGUCCUCUUUUCAGCUGGAAUUAUUUUCUAGGUCCCCGUGUACGUAUAGGAACAAUUUACAGUAUCCUGGUCCUAGUUCCAGAGUUAAGGUGCUUAAAAUUUUUCUAAGAAUUAACUAAAGUUUUUCAGAUCAAGGUAUGCCAAUUGCUGCUAAUGCAAGUAAGAAAUAGGGACUGUAAGUGACACUGCAUCUGGAAUGUUAAUUAGCCCAAUAUUUCAUUGUUACAGUGGGAUAGACAUGUAGUGCAGUCAGUGGCUACAUUAUGGUUUUAAUUCUGUUAUGGUGACUUUUCUCUUAUCCAGAACAUUUUGGUCUCUAAAGUGUAUUUAUAGUAGUACUGAGUGGUAAUAUUUAAGGCUAUAUGUGGCCAAAAUAUAUGUAGUCUAGAAGAGUAUGUCUGUUACAUUUGAGUUAGUGUCCAAAUGAAAAAUAUGAUGCUGGAGCACAUCACCUGAAUUUGAUAUGGAACUGUCAGCAUCAAAGUGUAAGGAAUGGUGAGUGCUUCUUUCAUUCUUAGGUGAUUUUUCUCUUGGAGCUGAGUAAACUUGUACAUACCUAUGAAAGUAUAGCGCUUGGAAAACUUAGUGGCAGAAAUUAAACUUCCUUAUAAGCAUACUGCAUAUUUAUUUAGUUCUAUACUUCCAAGUAGCCCAAAGAUGUUUUUCAAGAGCAAUGGGAAACAUUCAUGGUAGUUUAUAUGCUUUUAAAUAGUACACAAAGUUUGUGCCUUAAUUUGCUAGCAUGCCAGUGCAAAUACAAGUGUACUAAGAUGAAAGGAAUAUUCCACAAUCAUUUGGAAAAAUCCGAGAUUCAUCCAGCUGCAAGUCCUUGUGUAUGCAUCACUGAAUUCUGCAAGUAAGGGUAAUGGUGUCUCCUCUGUCAGCAUUCAUAGUCUCUGGAGAGUUAAUAUUCUUCCAUGAGAAAGAGGAACUAUUUCUUUACUAUUUGCCAUCUUUAUAGCAAAGAAAUACUGUUUUAUUUUUGUAAAAUAAAACAGAGCUUUGUUUGGCUUAAAUUAACCAGUCACCAUCCUGACUCUCACAUAAAUAGAAAAAUUGUACUCGUGUUUUAUUCUGAAAUUGUUAACGUUUGUAAUUCAUAUCACACUUCUGUUUAAAUUUGAAGACUUUUUAAAACAUGGGAUUUCUACAGUAGCAAGGAGAUUUAUUAUUAUUCCUGAAGUAGGCAUCAUUUCAGUUCAAAAAUAGUAACUCUUUGGGAGAAUAUAAGAGUGACAUAGGUAUAGAAUAAAUUUAAACAUAGAUACAUGUCUCUUCGAUUAUUUAAACUAUUUCCUCAUCACAGAACCUGUUCAUAAUUUCUUACUUAUAAUUAUUGAAAUUAGGCAUUUUAGGAAGUGAAAUCAGUACCUAUAGAAACUUUUUAAGUUUGUGAACUUCUCGCAGGGUAGCUCACAAACAAACCUGCUGUGCAAUGGCAUUUAAAAAAAAAAAGACGUGGUAGUGAAGAACCAAAGCCACAAUAUCUGCUUUCUGUGGGCUUUUAAUCACUUAAUCUUGCCUUAUUUCAUAGGUUAGCUGGAUACAGGUUGUUUGACUCAUGGACUGUGUCUAUCCUAGAGAACUUACGAAAAAAGAUAAGACUCGGCCUCUCUUGUAAAUCUAGUGUUUCACAUAGGUUUUUACACUGGCACUGUCCCAACCAGGGGGACUCUGAGAUUUUGUGCUGUUAAAUGGGAGAAACUGUGAAUAUUGUUAGAAGUCAGGUAGAAAUACCUCAGCCUGUUGUGUGAGGUGGAAUUGAAAAAGUUCUCUGUUGUUUUCAUCUUCUGCCAAGGACUUGCAUUCAUCAUUUUAAGAAAUAUUGUUGUGAGGGCAAAAAAAAUGCAUCAUUAAUUUGGUUUCAGUAGAAAUUAAACAAGUGUUACCUUCAGAGUUCAAUUAUCAGUGAAAUUGUGAGGGUUCCUAAGCGUUUCAGUAUUAUGGAAAGUAAAAUAGUGAAAAUUGUCUUAUUUGAAAACAAACCUUGCUUCAGUGAAGUGUGAUCUUGUAGAGUCAGCAUCCCACCAAGACAUGUUCUUUGAAAUGUACAUUUCAAUAGUUUGUAAUGAAACCAAUGAACUAUAUUUUUAUUUAGCAACUACAACUAUAUUGCAUUUCUUCUUAACAAAAAUCUGCCUUUUUGCAGAAUUGCCUAAUAUAUUUAUUGUAAAUUGUUACUGGAACACGCAUCACCAGAACUGCAGUUUGUAAAGUAAGCCUGACCUUAUCGAUGAGAAACAGAAAACUGGUUGGUUACUGAAUAAGUAUUCAUAUUUAUUUUUCAUCCAUGUCUUUGACAACCUGUUACGCUUAGUCAAAUCCUACAAGCACAUCACUAAAACUUACUGCUCAUCACUAAAAACUAUGUAGUCAUCCAUUUCUUGUCUCUUACAACUAUUUUGUUAUCUCUUUUUCAUACAUUUUAAAGAUAUUAAAGAAAAAACACUGAGGUUACAGAAUAACCAACCAAUAUCUCCUCCCUCCCUAAAAUUUCCCAGAUGCACUGCUGCAUGUAUAUUAACAAUUAAACACUAUCCCUGCUUCCAUUAUUGUUGCUGUCAUAAUCCUCUAAAUGGCAGUGCCACUGAUGCACUUAAAACAAUGCAAUAUAUGAAGAGAUGAGUUAGUAUGUAAAUAGUAUCAUGAAACAUGGUAUUCAAGAGCAGUAGUUCUGAAAAUGGCUAGUUGUCAUGAAUAAUUAUAACUCAUUAUAAAGAUGGAGUGAAAAGAGAGACUAAUUGAGAGAAUCCACUUACUAUAACAGCUAUCCUGUUUGUAAGCAACAGAAAUGUUUGUUAUCCUAGUGCACUUGGAUUUGUAACAUUUUUAUGACUGAGCAUAAAAUAGUUUGCUCUUAAAUAAGAGUUCAACAAUUUUUUUUUUUCCUAAAGCACAAAAGGGCAUGUGAUAUUGGAAACAUUCUUGCUAGGCAAGUCAGGAUAUGUGGUGAGAAAAAUACAGAGGAAAUAAUGUCCUGGAUACCAGCUAAAGAACAUCUUUUUUUCUUCUUAGAUCCAAAUUCAUGCAGUCUUUCACUUUCAGGAAUACAUAAUUUUAAUUGGUAAUUAGAAAGUAUAGGGCAAGUCCAGUAUUCCUGAUAUUCCAAACAACCAUGAGUUUGUAAGAGUUGUUUGGUAAAUUUGGAAUACCAACUCUAUUAAAACUUUUCUUCUAGAUUCCUUCUGCAGAUUUACUGUAAAAAAAAGCAGUCCUUGAGCAAUCAUCAGUAACAAUUUAGAAGAAAAAUAGCUGAGCCUCAGAAACCUGUCAAGCUUCUUUGAGAAUAACUUCAGUAAAGUGUAUUUUUGUAAUCAUGUACGAGAGUUCCCCCAGCAUAGCUUUUCUUUAUUAAAAAAAAAAAAAAACUAAACUUACAAAACAACAAAAAACCCCACUCAAAACAACAAAAAAUACAAUCAGAAGAAUUCUUAAACUGGUCACAUUCUGAAUGGCCUUCCAAGUAUUGCCAUGUUCCUGAAACUGGUAAUACAUCUGUAAUUUCAGCUCUUAAAUUCAUUUCAGCAUUGCAUAUCAGUGCUUUAUAAACAUCCAACUGUACUUUCAGACCAAGGAAGGGAACACUGUCCUUGAAAAGUACUGCAAGUUCUGCCUGGUAGCUCCCAUAUUUUCCUUAACUUUCACAUUCAUAGAAUUGUAGAAUUAUUUAGAUUGGAAGAGACCUUAAAGACGAUCUAGUUCCAACACCUUCCACUAGACCAGAUUGCUCAAAGUCCCAUCCAAGCCUUGAAUGCUUUUAAGGAGGAGGCAUCCAGAUUUCUCUGGGCAGCACAUUCCAGUGCCUGACCACCGUUAACGUAAAGAAUUUCUUCCUUAUAUCUGUUCUAAAUCUACAUUCAGCUUAAAGCCAUUGCCCCUCAUUUUAUCACUACAAGCCCUUGUAAAAAGUUCCAUUCCAGCUUCCUUGUAGACUCCCUUUAAGUAGUGGAAGGCUCCUAUAAGGUCUCCUGGAACCUUCUGUUCUCUACGCUAAAUAAACCCAACUCUCUCAGUCUGUAUUCUUAUGGGAGGUGUUCCGGCCCUGUAAUCAUCUUUGUGGCCCUCUCCUGGACUUGCUCCAAAAGGUUCAUGUCCUUCUUACCCUUCUUUUACAUAAAAUUCUGACUUGAAUGUAUUUCUAGUUAUAGAAACUGUGUGAUAACUCUCAGUUGCUUCAUUUUCAGGAAGUUGUUUAUUAUUAGCUGUUUUAGAAUACCAUUUUCAAAGAUGUCAUUUGGACAUGACUUAAAUAAGAAUUUUCAGAUGGUUUAGGCAGGUUUUUUUAAGAUAAGAGCUUACUAGGUUGCUAGCUACAUGUAUUGUUAUUUUACAGAUGUUUCAGAUUAUAGGAAUGAGAAAGUAGUUUAUAGAUCUCAGAUUAUGUAGGCCUUCUUUAAAUCAAAAACUGCUAGCCAUACUUAGAAAAAUGAAUGUGAUGCCCUCAAAUAUAGUUAACUGAGGUCAUGAAGUGAAAGAAGAACCAUAAACUACAGUCUUUCUUCCUCUAUCUUCACAGAAUUGAGUGCUUUGUAAAUAAAACUUCCAGUAACUGGCUUUGUCUUUAUAGAUAAAUGUGAUCUGUGAACCAAUAUGAUAACCUAGGACUCACAUUGCUACUAGCAAGGAAAGCUUGCAGGAAAGUGUUCCUAAACUGCUGCUAUUUGGAACUGCCAUCUACGUUUAAGACUACGAAUGUUUAUAGAUAAGUACAUAAGUUAAGUCUUGUGAGUACACUAAGAGAGACAGUGCAUGCUGCUCCUUUGAAACCCCUCAUCAAUUUAAAGCAAUUAUGCUUUUUAAAAGAAAAAUCAGGUUGAUUAGCAAUUUGUUCUAGAUUACACAUGUUGGAAGUAUGGACUCAAAGUUUCCACCAUGAAAAAAGAAAGAUCCAUGCUACCGUCUUUAUAUACAGUCAGCUUACUCUUUCUCAAUAUAUAAGGAAUUCAGUAGCUGUUAAAUGCAGUAGUAAUACAAAAUCCUUGAUUAUUGAAAUGUAAACACUCUGAUCUUUUGCAUCAGUUCUUAAAGAAUCUUUCUGCUCUUUAAAUAGGGCUGCAGUAAGUUUACAAUUCUAGCUGAGCUCUGCUAUAAUAGUCUUUUGCACAUCCCAUACAUUUCCUAAUUCUGAUGGCUCUAUGUGCCUCAGAUAAUGCCCUUUCACUUACUUCAGAAAAGUUAUUCUUAUGACAGAAAAGUUCAAAUGUAUCUCUGCUUUUGCUUGACUAAAAAUAUUAUAAUGAUGUUAUACCUUGAUACCUAUGGCAAUGUGUAAAGAUUGAAGUAACUGUGAAUGAUAGAGAAGCGCAUUGUUCAAGUCACAUUUUUAAUCACAUUACAAGCCCUAAAUAUAACAUGAAUUGUCCACAUCGCGAAAGACAUCAGAAAAACAACAUUCCUGACUUCCUAGUUUACAAUACAGGGCAUCCUGCUCCUGCGAGGGAGCAAUAUAAAACUAAAUGUGCUCCCUGAAAAAGGAAUGAUUUUACUGUCAGACCAGAUCCAAACAAUAUCUUUAAAAUUAACAGCGAUGACUUAGUACCAACUACGUAAGCCUCAUUGUAGACUUCUUUCUUCUUAACACUCCUUUUCAAACAGUGUUAAUCUUCAUUAUUGUCAUCCAUUUUGCCUUUAGAAAUUUGACUUUUGUAUAUCAUGUAACAUUUACGUAUAUUCAUAAUUAUACCCUCAUGACUACCAGAAAAUGCUGAGACGUGCAACUUGGGAAGAUUAGCAUUUUUAAGUCAAUAGGAGUUUACAGGGAACUGUUCUUUCACCAGCUGUCUGAGUUGGUAUGCGUUAAUGUAUUUAAUAUCACUAAAGUAAUAGUUUGAAUUAAAACUUGUUGCACAGCUUGAACCACAAUAUUUUUUGCUCAAGAUAUCUCUGCUAUAGUAAUAUUUGUGUUUGACUUUAACUCAACAGGGAGGUAGGACUGUACCUUCCUUACUCUUUAUCAGGGAACUGCUGAGUUCAAGUAUCUAAUUCAGGUGCUGUCAGCGAUUCCAAUACGUAGCACAGAUGCAGCCAGGAUGCCAUAGAGAAGGUCUUGCAGUCUGCAUGGCCACUCUUUAUAUUACACCUGCGCUCACUAUGAGUCACAAAUAAAUCUGCCAGAGACUGAAUCUUUCCUAUAUCUCUGAAUAUAGCUAAUUCUUAAAUCGCCUGAGGUUGUAGUGACUUAGGGAUUUCUUUUUCUUUGUUACAUAAUGCAGAAAUGCAAUAUAUGAUGGGGAUUCUCUGCAUUAUUUUCCUUCCUUCAGCUGCCUGCAUUGUCAGGUCACAGACUCAAAGUCUUCAACAGAUGGAACAACUAGAAGAAACCUACCUGUUUCCUCUGUUAAUUGUAGCAUUACCUGUAAUGUACAAAUUAAAUUGUGUUUCCCACCAAGCUUCCUACCUAAUUCACUGAAAUGCUAAAAAUAUGUAAUAGGAAAAAAAAUUGUGAUAUAGGCCUGUCACACAGGACAUGAAAGGCAGGCAGACUCCUGCAAAGAAGUUUUGAGGACAGAAAGCCAAGGAUUAACAUCUGUCUUGUCCCUUCUUUUAAAGGAGUGUGUAGUUAUAUGUGUGUUCAAAUGACUUCCAGAGAUGGGUCUUGGACUAAGAUUGGUAGGACUGCUUUUUUUUUGUUGUUGUUGUUGUUGCAUGUGUUACUUUUUUAUUUGUGUAAUUGUAGGCAGCUGGAGGUGGAGGAGGGCUGCUGGGGAAAGAGAGAAGGUUGAUUUACUGACCUGCUAGCACAUGCGAGGCCUUUGACACCAGUAGCCUUGAGUGGGGCACAGAUACUGUUGGCAAACAUGUUUAGGUAUCUAUUCAAUUUUGUGCCAAAGUAUGGACCAGCAAGUUUAAUAUCAGGUAAAGCACCUUUUUUGCUCUUUGUUGCUUAAAAAUAAUAGAUUUGUGAAACAGAUGGGUAAUACAUAACACUGGAAAUGGGUGCUUCUUCCCAAAAAUACACAUGUAAAAAAGUAAGCAAACAACAUUUGUGAAUUUAUCUGGCUUUUAAGCAAGUCUGAAAAUUGUAACUGUGUAAUACAGUUGCCAGUUGUCUGUCCUUUGAAAUUUUAAAUAGAUCUGUGUUUUAACUAUUUAUUUGCCAAUUUUUUAUAUACUUUAAAGUUACACUCUUGAACUCAAGCUAACUUUUUAUUUUUCUAGGCUGUCACAAAACAGGAUUUCAGUAUUCUUGUAAACUGCAAACCUUUUCUGAAUAGUCCUUUGUCUUUUCCUGUGGACCAGUUACCACUAAUGAGUCUGUGGUCCCCUUUUUACUGUACUCCUGCAAUAAAUGUAAAAUAUUUGUAUCAAGCUGCCUCAUUUUAUUUGGUGUCUACUGGCUGUGUUUAUUCACCUGCUUCUGUAAUCAAGUGGAAAGUCAACUCUAGUAACAUUGCUCUUGGGAGUAGCUACGGUUCAAAAUACUAUAUUUCACAAAGAAAAAUAUUUUUUUUUCUGGUAAUUUCUGCAGUUAAUAUCUGUGAGAUACUCACAGUUUGGCUGUCACUUUUCUUUACCUUUUAUAUAUCAGAAGGUGUUGAAAGAAGGAGCAACUUAGUGGACAGAAGGGAGGGGACAUGUUGAAACAGGCUGAGAACUUAGGGCUGAAGCUCUGCAGUUUUGAGGUUGAUACAUGAUGUGUUUCUUUUCAAGCCAGAGUUAUGUUAAGAAGCUGGGCGCUGAAAAGUAAACCUGUAUUCUGUACCCCAACUGCAAAGUAAAAUGUGCAAGUGUUUCCAGAUAAGAGCAAUGCAACAAUCUAAAGGCAUAUCUAAACUUUAGAAUUUCUUUUACAUGACCUAGUGUGCUGUUCCCUUUAUAUUGAAAACAACCAUACUACUUACAUUGUAAAUACAAGUUGCAUUUUAAAGGAUGUUGUUUAAAGCUACUUUAUGCUUUAUUUUGAAUGAAACCAAUCUCUGUAACAAUGGGCAUUUU